AAUAUUCCUGAACUCUUAUAUAAUAAGACACUAGCCACAUUAUUCAUUACUUCAAUUCCCAAAGAAAUUAAAACAAUCAACCUAUCUCUCCAUAACCAAAAAAAAUAAAUAUGAAGUCUCUAUUAAUCUUCAUUUUUCUUCUAUUUUCCAUCACCCCAAUCCACACCCUUAAAAUCCCUUCAAAAUCAUUAUCACCACUUGAUCAAAAAAGUCUAAAAAACCUUAAUAAUGAAACAAUCUACAAAAUCUCAAAACAAUUAUGUUGGAAUUGCUUAGGAGAAGCAAUUCAAUUCUUGUUUCAUCACAAUUUAGUAAGAGCAACAAAAAUGGAGUUACCCUUAACAUGGGAUUCAAAUCUUGAAAAUUAUGCAAAAUGGUGGGCAAAUUCAAGAAGAGAAGAUUGUAGACUUAUUCAUUCAUUUGAAGAAGGUUAUUUUAAAUUAGGUGAAAAUAUUUAUUGGGGUAGUGGAAAUACUUGGACUCCAACAGAUGCUGUUAAUGCUUGGGCUAAUGAGAAAAAAUAUUAUGAUUAUGCAUCAAAUUCUUGUGUUGAAGGGCAAUUAUGUGGGCAUUAUACACAAAUUGUGUGGAAGAGUACUAGAAAAGUUGGAUGUGCAAGAGUUAUUUGUGAUAGUGGUGAUGUUUUCAUGACUUGUAAUUAUUUUCCUCCUGGAAAUUAUAUUGGUGAAAAACCUUAUUGAUGUUGGAUUAAUGAUGUUUUAUGGUUAUAUACAUUAUUUUUUAUUCAACUUGAUAAAUUUGUUUUGUGACGUGAGGUAUUAUUAAUCAAGUACAAGUCACAUGGUAUUA